AAAAUAAGGCGCUUCUUCAGAAUGAACUACCACCGGAAGUAUAUUCUACAGCUUCCGUUGAAAAUACAAACUAUGCAGCGCCGCGGUUGUCAUUCACUUUAGCGUGCCUGAACAGUCAGAUAAAGUCAUGUUGACCCCGCCGAAGGAGGGGAUGCCCAGUAUGAUUGACAGGGCGCUGAGGAUGAGGAGGGAGGAGCAGGCUCGUCAAGUGGUUCUCGCCUGGGCUGUCCUCAACAUGUCCCUGGCUGGCAUGAUUUACACUGAAAUGUCAGGGAAAUUGCUGAGUCGAUACUACAACAUCACCUACUGGCCUAUCUGGUACAUCGAACUGGUGCUAGCGUCCCUCUUUAGCCUCAAUGCUCUUUUUGACUUCUGGAAAUAUUUCAAAUACACAAUGGCUCCAUCCAGCAUUGCUGUAUCCCCUAUGCAGCAUCAACUUCUGGGUCUGAGAAACACAAGUAUUCAGGCCUCUCCACCCCAGAAGCCAGAGAAGAAGGAGACCCCACUUCCUGCACAGUCGUCUCCACUGCAGGGUCAGAGCGUGCUGAGUUUCAGUCCCUCUCGGCCAGCCACCACCAGCCCCAAGUUCUCCCCCAGCUGUGUGCCCGGGUACAGCCCUCCUCUCAGCAAUCCAUCCACUCCAAGCAGUGCAGGAGGGCCCUUUUCCCCCUCCGUGGCCUUUGGAAAGGUGUUGAACUACAGUCCCUCCCCUGGCUCCUCUCCCUACCCGAGCAGCAUCGGGCCAGCAGAAGGCUCCAGCUUGAGGGCUCGAUACCGCACUUCCCCCUCUGUGUUUAACUCCCCAGGAAGCAAGGAAGACUACAUGGAAGAUCUGAAAAGCCUGGAGAGGUUCCUCCGCACUGAGGAGGAGAGGAGUCACCGCAGCCAACUAGGGAGUCCAGAGGCUGUGUCUCCAAGCCACAGUCCAACAUUUUGGAACUACAACCGCUCAGUGGGGGAUUACGCCCAAAGUCUAAGGAAAUUCCUGUACCAGCCUGCCUGCCGCUCUCAGGCCCCGUCUGCCCACAAGGAUGAGACUGACCUGGGCUCCAAACAGGCUGCAGAGGAGGUGUGGGCCAGAAUCACAACCAGUCGCCCUGUAGUGGAUCGCAUCGAUAGCUGGACAGCCAAGCUCAGGAAUUGGAUCAGUGACACCAUCUUGGUCCCCCUGGUCAAGGAAAUAGACUCUGUCAACAGCCAGCUCAGGAGGAUGGGCUGCCCUGAACUCCAGAUAGGAGAGGCCAGCAUCAGCAGCUUGAAACAGGCAGCGGUGAUGAAAGCCUCGUCCAUCCCCACGAUGAACUCUAUCGUCCAGUACCUGGACAUCACUCCCAACCAGGAAUAUGUAGUAGAUCGCGUAAAGGAGCUGGCCCACAGUGGCUGCAUGAGCUCCUUUCGCUGGAACGGUGGUGGUGAUCUGAAGAACAGAAAAUGGGACACAGACCUCCCUACUGACUGUGCUAUCCUCAUGCAUGUGUUUUGUACAUACUUGGACUCCAGACUGCCCCCGCACCCCAAGUACCCAGACGGGAAGACUUUCACUUCACAGCACUUCAGCCACACCCCAGACAAACCUGAUGUGACCAAGGAGAACCUCUUCUGCAUCCACCAGAGCAGCACCACCCCCCCUCACUACCAGCUCAUCUAUCAGGGACACAUCUACAGUCUACCUAAGGGCAGGAACAACCUGUUCCACACAAUCCUCAUGUUCCUGUAUGUCAUUAAGACUAAGGAGUCAGGGAUGCUGGGGAGAGUAAAUCUUGGCCUCUCGGGUGUGAACAUCCUGUGGAUAUUCGAAAACUGAUGCAUCAUAGUUUACAAGGAAC